AUGGGUCAGAUUCGGGAGAAGCCGGACUGGAUGCGGAAGGUGACGGACGACGAGAUCGUCAAGAGAUGGAAGGCGGAGUUGACGGAGAAGGCAGCGGACGUCCAUCCUGACGGUUUCAUCGACGCCAGUAAGGAGUACUGGAGUGCGGAGGAAGCUUCGGCCGUGCUUUCGUUCCUGAGGGAGACCACAACGCGGCCUGUCAAGAUCGACCCUGCUCUCUUCGCCUACGCAAUCUCUGAGCUACGCUGGCUCGCCUCCUCCCUCUCCUCCUCCUCCUCCUCCUUCUCCCCUCCCUCUUCUCCACUCUCCUCUCUGUCCCUCCACGGCAAUCCCAAGGUCCUCCCCUCCGCAGUCUCCCCGGACCCCCCACUCGACCCCUCACUCAAGCAACUGUUUCUAGACGGAAUCACCACGCUAGAAUCAGUUCCCGAGGAUCAAAUCGACUACCAUCCAGGCUCAAAUCACCAAGUAGUCGAUCUCAUUCACCCCAGCCUGCAUUGCCUGGUCUUUGAUCGCACUAGAGUCAUCCAGGAUCCGCCCAACGACCUUCAGAUUCUUCCCUGGGAUGAGCUGGUUAGCAGCUUGGGAGAGGUGGCUCGGCCUAUGCCGCCCGGCCAGCCAACCCGACCGGUGUUUUACCCGACCGGGAAUCAUUCGUACCUCUCGGAAAAGUUUCAUUGGCUGCCCGCGGAAGUGGAUGCUACAGCUGACGGGCAGAGUGCGAAGUUUCGGUCGUAUAUUAAUAACCUGCACCCGCAUGAGUUUGCUGGGAUGUAUCGGGGAUUGGAGCAUAUUUUUGGCAGUGCGUUUGUGCCGUUGUUUAACAAAGUGCUGACGGAAGCGGUUCAGCAUCGACGAGAGCGAUUCGACUACGAUAUUUACAGGUGGUACGACGAAUGGAAGGGCGAGAGGGAAUACGACAAAGACGACGACGACGAUUACCACCAGUGGCUGGUCGACCGGCAGCCCAAGCAGCCAGACACCCCCGCAGAGUUCUCACCCCCAGUGCCUCCCUCUCCUGUGUUGGAUUUGAAAGGGCGGCGAUUGCAGGUGGUGGUGAAGGUGGCGAGCAUUCAGCUGACCCCUGAGAGCCCGAGAUACCCCGGGGGUACUUGGCAUGUGGAGGGCAUGAGGAAUGAGCAUAUUGUGGCCACGGGCAUUUACUAUUUCGACUCUCACAACAUCACUGAGUCGCGCCUUCAAUUCAGAAUCACCGUUGCCGAACCAGACUAUGACCAGAACGACAACAAAGGGGUGGCUCGGAUAUACGGCCUGGUGGACGACGGACCUCUCACCCAACCUCUAGGCUCGGUCCGGACCGACAUCCCGAACCUCUGCCUCGCCUUUCCGAACCACUUCCACCACCGGGUCGCGCCGUUCGAGCUACAGGACAAAACCCGCGCCGGCCACCAGAAGAUUCUUGUAUUUUUCUUGGUGGACCCGCGGGUGGCAAUUGUAUCUACUGCACGCGUGCCACCUCAGCAGCUGAGCUGGCAGCGGAGGGAGCUGGAGAGAAAAGGUCAUCCGUGCUCGGUUCUACCUGGAUUGGCUUUAGAUUUGAUUGCACAGGGAGUAGGUGGGGGAGAGCGUAGAGGUGUGGAGGGAGAGGGUGGAGGAGAGGGUAGGGGAGAAAGUAGUGGUGUUGAGAGAGAAGGUGGAGAGGAGGGUAGGGGCGAUGAGGGAGCAGAUGGAGGCGAGGAGCAGAGUGGGGGGGCAGAGAGUAGGGAGGUCAGGGGCGUGGGGGAAGAUAGCAAGGGUGUAGACAGCGAGAGCAGGGAUGGCAGGGGAGCACCGAUGACAAUGGAAGAAGCAAAGAAGUACCGGGAGGCUCUGAUGGAAGAGAGGAAGGCGCUGGUUCAGCUGGCCAAUGAGGAGCUCUUUGAACGGCCCUUCUCCCUCUGCGAACACUGA